AUGUCAUUAUGAUCUAUAUCGCGAUGUCCGCUACACGAUAUGGCAGUGAAAGUCCAGCAAUAUCACUGGAUUCUCGCCCCACUGUCACGCUCCGCUGCCGUCUGUCACUGUCGCUUAUAAUGAUACCUUGUAGUAACAAUCAUGUAUCGCUGUUUUUGGGUGAUCUUUGUUCUUUUUGGAUCAAGUACAGCAUUCAGGAAAAGCACGAUGAUCACAACAGGAGACUUUUCUUUGAUUAUCAACAGACAUGACUUUGUUGAUAAAACACGUUUUAUUAAAACAGUCUUUGAAGGACCUGAACAAGUUUUGAUUACCGCUCCUCAUCGAAGUGGAAAGUCCACAAUUGCUGACAUGCUGGCAAAGUUUGUCGAAUUAGAAUUUAAUGAAGAAGGCAUAAUAGUAACAAAACAAAGGAAUAGUCCUGUAAACGACACAGCAAACUAUAAACUUUUUUCAGGCGGUAUGAUGAGAAUUUCAAAAUACAAAGAAGUGAUGAACAACUAUUUUGGAAGGUACCCACUAAUGCGGGUGGAUUUCAAGUGUAUUCAAAAGUUCAGAACCUCCGAAGAAUCAGUAUUUUGUUUCCGUGAAAUAAUACACAAGACUUUUGUGCAACACAAGUAUCUACGCAGAAGUGACCAACUGACGUUGAAAGACAAACGGUUGGUGAAGAGAUGGAGUUAUGGAAAUUAUGACAACAUAUACGGCCAGGACGUGACUAAUAGUUUGUAUAAACUGUCCAUAAUUCUGUAUAAACACUUUGGAAGAAGAAUAUUUGUUGUUAUAGACAACUACGACUUUCCUUCUGUGAGUGCGAUGAUGGAUGUCAAGGAUUCUAAGGAACUAAACCGUGUAGUCAGGUUUAACAUGGGAAUCAUAUCAAAGUUGCUAACCGGUGAUUACAGGUAUUUGGAAAGAGCUGUGAUUUUAGGCUUCUCUCACGUAGUUGCCGCUGGAGUGUACCCUAUGGAAAAUGUUCAGGCGUAUAAAUUCCUAGGAGACCAUCCUUUUGUUGAAUACUUUGGACUUACAAAGACAGAGGUAGAUGAGUUGUUUAGAAAGGAUGUAUUUAAUUUAACAAAGAGAGAGAUUGAAAAAGGCCAUGAUUAUUUUAACGGCUAUAUCAAUCCUAUCAACAAAACCAUUUAUAGCUUAUACUCUGUGUUAAAGUAUGUAAAUGAAAAAAGCUUAGACAGCUUUUAUAUAUCCACGGAAUUUACAAAGAACCUUAAGUGGCUAUUUAAAAUUAAGACCAUCAGGAAGCAUGUAGAAACGUUAGUAAAAGGUGGUAUUAUAGAGGUUAAGGUGAAUGAUGUUAUUACCCUGGAUGAUAUGAUAAAUUUGAGGAACGCAAUUUUUAAUUUAAAAAUACAAGAACAUUUCAAUAUUAAUUUGAUAUUUUAUUUCCUCAUGGAGCAGGGUUUUCUGUCUUAUAGUCAAUGCAAUAAUCUGAACAGUGAAACCGCCUUACUAAAUGUACCCAACGAAGAAAUAAAGUUGGUCUUGGCCUUGAAAAUAAAAGAAUAUUAUGAUGGGAUCUAUAGAACUGAUAAAACACUUCUAAAGAAAUGUGCGAGCUUCAUUGAUAAAGUAUCUCCGUCUGCUUUAGUCAAUGGAGCUCACUUCAAGAGAGCUUUAUAUUGGUUUUACAAAUCUUUAGAGCAGCUGAUAAGUGGUGUUGGAAAUAGAUUUGGUAAAAUUAAUGAAGAUGAUGUUCAUAGAAUUAUAUUCUCCAUAUUGUAUCAAGGAAACACCAAAAGUAAAGACGCUUUCAAGAUAUCAGUAAAUGGUACGAAAAGACACUUAGACAUUCUUUUGGUGAAAGAGAAGUUUAGUGUUGUUAUGGAGUUCAAAGUGAAUAGCACUUCAGUAAGUAUAUUGGAUGAAAAAUUAGAAAGAAUAAAAAACACAAAGUCAUUCUUAAAAUAUCAAAAGUAUAUUAUUUUGUUUACAAUAGGCGUGGAUCACUAUCUGCAUUUAUCAGUCAGUUGUUUAUCAGGUAUUAGUAAUCUAAACCAGGUAAUUAAUAUUCCUUAAUAAAUUUAUUGAAGAUGUUGUA